CGCUCGGCCGUGGACGAUCAGCAGGAUGAUCGACCGAUGGGCGGCUCGCAUGGCACCGUGAUGGCUCGCCAAGCCGUGACUGCGCUCGGUUGAGGUUGCUCGAUUUAUGGUACUUUUCAAUGAUGUUUGUGUAUUUAAGCCACGUGCUUAUUGCAUUUCACGGCACGCACGGAAAUGGCAUGACAAUUGAACGGUGAUCGCACCCCGCACCCACCCAGUCCAACAAUGUCAGCGGAAAAUCUUGAGGCAACCCAGGGAUCCGGCUUCGACGGCCUAGAGUGGGUACAGGAUGGGAUUUGGGGCGCGGAGCCUCGCUGGACUAUUGAGCCGGAUGAGGAAGCCAUCCAGCAGACUGUACGGUCUUCGUUGAACCUGCCCCCCGGCCCCUGCGAUAUCGAGUUUCUCGCACAAGGCGCGUUCAACAAGGUUUUCGUUCUCAGGCUUGCUGGGAAGGAGGUCAUUGCCCGCGUUACGUUACCAGUCGAUCCCGGAUGGAAGACGCUCAGCGAGGUGGCCACUCUGGCAUGGGUCGGCCACAACACAAGCUUGCCAGUCCCUAAGGUUCUUUCAUUUCAGGCCGACAGGGCCAGCACUAUCGGGUUCGAGUGGAUCGCCAUGUCUAAGAUGCCUGGUACCUCGCUUCGCGAUCGGUGGAGGGACGUUACCUUUUCGGCCAAGGAACAGAUUGUCCGCCGGCUCACCUUGUUCUGCUCCGAGACAUUUAGGGCCCAGCUUCAGGGUAUUGGAAGCUUGUUCUUCGACAAUACGGGACCAUUGGCACCUGCUAUAUGUUCAGCAAAGACCCAGUCUGUCUACAGCGGUUCGAUUCCAUCCCAAGACCGCGAUUCGUUUCGGAUCGAACGAAUUGUCUCUGCUGAAUUCAUUUGGGACAGCCGCAUCCACAUACAAGUCCCUCGUGGCCCUUUCGAAUCUAGCAAGGACUGGAUGCUUGCUCGACUUUCACUCGCCGAGGCAGUCUGUCGCGACAAAUUGAACCGCUUGCAGAACAGAAAUUCAUCGUCUCCGGCGGAAGCUGACCGGGGUGCCGGGUUAGAGGAUACAGAAAGGGGGGAUGAGCCAGAAGGAACGGGGAGCAAGGAAGAAGAGGAGGAGGAUGAAGACGACAUCGAGGAACUCGAACACACCAUGGACAUCAUUUCACGGCUCAGAAGGCACCUGGACGACUUCUUCCCUCCUCUCGGCCCGGAGCCCGACCCGACCAUCAUCUUGCACGACGACCUCUCCCACCAGAACAUUUUGGUAGACAACGAGGGCAACCUGACAGCAGUGGUAGACUGGGAAUGUAUCUCGGCUGUUCCGCGCUGGAUGGCCUGCCAGUUCCCUCCCCUCCUGCAAGGAAAGCACCGCAGCGAAGAGCCCAUCAAGGCCAUAUACCAGCACGAUCAGGAUGGAAAUGUCGCUGAGCUUUUCUGGGAACAUCUUGAUGACUACGAGCUGACGCAGCUCCGCCGUGUCUUCCUCGGGGAGAUGGAGAGAUUGGAGCCGGAGUGGGUCGAGAUAUUCGAGUCGAGCCAGCGACAGAGAGAUUUCGACCUCGCCGUUACUAGUUGCAGCGAUGAGUUUCUGAUGCGUAGGAUCUGAGGCUGGCUCGAUGAUAUAGAAAGCGGCGUUGAGGGCUUUGAGGGCUUGGAAGAAAGGAUCGACAAUGCAUCGCUUUGAAGCAAUGAAGGGGAAAGGGGCUUUAUGUAUAUGUUAGAGCUAGUAGUACUGAGUACAAUCAAUAAACCCUCGUUCCAUAUUCUCA